CCCCUAGUCCAAGCGGCGCGGAAAAGAGACGAGAGGGGGCGGGGCUUGGAGACCUCCUGCAUCCUCGGACCGAGACCGGAGGGAUGUUCCCUGCUCAGGAGGAGGCCGACAGAACGGUGUUUGUGGGGAAUUUAGAGGCCCGAGUACGGGAAGAGAUUCUUUACGAGCUGUUCCUUCAGGCUGGGCCAUUAACCAAAGUGACUAUAUGCAAAGACAGAGAAGGAAAGCCGAAGACUUUUGGAUUUGUCUGCUUUAAACACCCUGAAUCGGUGUCUUAUGCCAUAGCUUUGCUGAAUGGAAUACGUUUAUAUGGAAGACCAAUUAAUGUACAGUAUCGAUUUGGGAGCUCUCGCUCUUCUGAACCAGCUAACCAAAGUUUUGAGAGCUGUGUUAAGAUAAAUUCACACAGCUACAGAAAUGAAGAAGUUGUGGCCAGAUCUUCCUUUCCCAUGCAGUUCUUUCCAAUUAACAGUGCAGCUUUACCUCAAGAAUAUUUUUUCUUUCAGAAGAUGCAGUGGCAUGCCUAUAAUCCAGCCCUGCAGCUGCCUUAUUAUGAGAUGGCAGCACCGCUUCCUAAUAGCACGUCUGCAACGUUGUCACUAAAUUGUGCUCCAGAUCUGGAGGCUGGACCCAGCUCUUACGAAUGGACUCACCAACAGCCCAGUGACCCUGACCUUUAUCAGACAAAUAAACGAAAGAGGCAAAAACAAACCAGUGACAGCGAUAGUAGCACAGAAAACAAGAGAGGAAAUGAAUAUAGCCAAAAAUUCCGAAAGUGUAAGAAAAAGAAAAGAUACUAGCAUUAUGUUCACAUGAAAUUUGCCUACCCUGGUCAUCAUUUUCUUAAAAGAAAAAAAAACAAACACCUGUAUUCUUCUAAAUGACCAAUCUUGUGGCUUUCUUGUGUUUUUCGAAAUAUAUAAUAAUAUGACAUCUGAUUUGCUAUUUCAUUUUUGUCUUGAAUGACAAAAACUUACAAAUAAUAUAAUGUAGUACUUUUUGUAAUGGUAUUUUUGACACAUUGUCAACAAGAAAUAUACUUUGAGUUGUUAUAUUUUAGUACUGAUGAUGAAAUUGCAUGAAAUUAUCAGUCGGAGGUCACUCACUGAGCCCUCGUGGAUAAGGCACCCUUGCUCUCCUAGUCUGUUGCCUGUAUGGAGUGGGGGAUCUUCUGAAUGAAACUACUGCAACUAUUUAGGGGUUUCAUGUUGUUCCUAACAAAGACGGAAAAGCAGGCUUUAGUUUCCUUUGUGAAUAACAUUUUAUUUUUUAUGUCUAAAUAUAUUCAUUCUGAGCCUUACUUUCCUACAGGUUUAUUUCAUAAAAUGAGGAUAUCUGACCGUGAUACCAAAGGAAAGAUGAUUAUCAUGGGACUAGUUUUUAGAUCCUUCCUUUUUUAUACGAGUGUAUAUAAAUAGGAAUACCUGCCUCUUUACUUCUCACUUAAUUGUAUUUCAUGAAAAUUAGUUGGCUAGGACAGUAUUUAUUAUCCACCUCCUUUGCCAACUGGGUCUGAGAUAGUAUAUUUGACAUACUUAAAUCUUGAUAAUGAACAAUAAAUAGAGUGAUAUUUCAUUAAUAUAUGAUAUUUAAUAUUUACUAUCAAAUCAGGUUUCCUGUUUCUGGUACAUUUAUUUUUAGAAGACAAAUAGAAUACAUGUAAAAUUAAUGGUUUAUUUGGACACUUUGUUAACUUUGUAGCUCAUCAUAAGCUACAUAUGCUGCAUAUGAACUACAAGUACAUAAUGAUGAAAGUAUUUAUUUACUAAAGCUAAUCAAAAGAAUCCUGCAAAAGCCUUGCUUAGAUACUUCUUUUGCAGGUUGCAUAGCACUUUAUAGAUCUUUAUUUAAAAUAACAAAGAUGUUUUUAGCAAAAUGAGUAACUGAAUUUAACUUUUGAUUAUAAAUAUACAAUGCAGUAGAGUUUUAAAUAUAAAUACUAAUCCAUUUCCAUCUGAGGAACAUGAAAAAUUAAAUACUGCUUGAUAUAGCUUGAUCUAUAUAUACUGUAUGUACCUGAAUAAUCAGACUAAAAGAAAUGAUUUUUUUUUUUCUUUUUACCUUCACAUUUUUGCAGUUUAAAAACAUUAACUUCACCUCAGCCUUUUUUUCAACUCUUAUACCUAUAGUUCACUUUAGCCCUACAUUAUUUCAUAGUGAUUGGCAUUAUCAAAAAUAUGUACAUAAGAAAUGUCUCUUAGCAAGUAAGAGUGCAUAUUUGUAACAGAAUUACCUUGAAAUAACUGCUACAUGACCUGAAAUCUUAGAACUGCGAGGAAUUCUUGCAACUUCUUCCAUCACAGGCAGGAAUUACCCCGAUACCAACUUUAGACCCCGCUACCAACUUCAGACAGUCAGCCAAUUUGAGCCAACCAGAAAGUAAAUACACCUAUUUGCCCUUGCUGUCUUUCAUUGUUAAAAUAAAUAGGAAACUUUCCUUAAAAUGUUACUAUAAUCUACAAUUCUAUAUAAUUUUAAAUUACCAGUUUUCCCAGUGCUGUGUCUUUGAGUUAAAAAUUACAUAAAUUAUUUGCCUUAGAGGGUUUUAUUUUUUUUAAUUUUAAUUCUCCAUUCUCAAUCUAUUUUAUGUAUGUGCACAUUCUGUUGUAAAUGCUAGGAGAAGCCUGGAAUUUGAGAACCAAAUAAGUUAUCUUUUUAUUCUCAUAUUCACUAAUUUUUUAAUGAAUUUUUAUAAUGCAUCAGGCAGUGGCAAAACCACUGAGAAAAAUUACUUAGAAUUAAAGUUGGUCAGAAAGGUCAACAUACACCCUUGAAAGUUUUACUGAAAUUAUGCAUCCUGAGCUAUGGUUUCAAAUAGCUAUGUGUAGCUCUUAAGACGGUUGUCACCUUUGAAAUCCUAGCAUUAAAUGCAAUUAUUAUAAGAUUAGCAACAAAUUUAUUAUAAUGACAAAGUUCUGAUGUAAUAAUGUUAUCUGUUUAGAGUGUAAUGAAAGAAAAAGUUAAGAAUUAUUAUACUUUCUUUAGCACUGCCCAGGUGCAGGAACAUUGUACACUGAGUAGUCAGCCUCUUCCUUUGUGUGGCUAAAUACUAAUAAAUUGUUGGGCAAUUAGAAA